AUGACCAUCCACGGAACCCUUUGCAGCACUUGCUCUGGACCAGUCCGAUCCUGCAGCCUCAAGGUCUGGUCUGGCACACAGGCGCGAGGCUCGGUGGAGACGAAGGGUGUGCAUGUGCUUGGCGGACCGGCAGACUACAGCAGGCCGACCGAAGGGGGACAAGGAGGGGCGAGGCGAGGGGAGGAGGGGGAGGAGGGAAAGCGGAAAGAGAGUGGAAGGGCUGGCGGUGCAGAGACGGAGGUGAAGGGAGGCAGAGCAGAGUCUGUGUGUGGUGGAGCGAUGAGAAGGCCAAGCAACAGUGCAGGCGGGCAUGAGGGCGGCAAUGAGGGCGGCAAUGGGAGCGGCAAUGGGGGCGGCAAUGGGGGCGGCAAUGAGGGCGGCAAUGGCGGCAGCAAUGGGGGCGCCAAUGGGGGCGGCAAUGGGAGCAGCAAUGGGGUGGAUGCGAGGCAAGGGCAGGGAGAGGGGUGUGCCACGUUAGCAGCGUCUGACGUGGACGCCAUCCUGACCUCGAACCCCGAGGGCCUUCUGGGCCUGCCUCUGCUGCUGCGCCAUCACCGCCAGCACCACGCCCACCGUCCUCCCCCCAAGGUGUGCCACAGCCGCCCACCUCCCCGCAAGGUGGUGUGCACGGAGGCUUCUCUGCGCACUGGCAGCGUCCACUGUGCUUUGAAUACCUCUCCCUUGCCCCCUUGCAUUUCUGCCCCUUCGCCGCACCGCCCCUCGCCCGUUGGCCCCGCAGGUGGUGUGCACGGAGGCUGCUCUGCGCAUCGCCAGGCUGGCAGCCAAGGAGAGGGCGAGACUGGUGCAGGGGAGGGGCGUGCUGGUGGAGGGUGCAGACGAGGCCCAUGCACCCCUGAGGUGCGCCCUGCUGUAAUGCCUGUGCCUCAUGCCACACCUGCCAUGCUCGCCCCACCUGCUAUGCUCGCCCCACCUGCUAUGCUUACUAUACACCACUGCCUGCCUGCCUGCCUCCGUGUCACCUCAUGCUGCACGAUCAUGCACUCUCACCCAGGCCCAUCGCUCUGCCUUCUUAUCCGCCCUCCCGUCAGUGAGAGCGAGGAGGUGGCAUGGCUGGCAGGUGUGCAAGGCGUGAGGUGGGGGGAGAGGGUGGGUGUGGGGCCGGGCGUCACUGCCAUUGCAGCUGCCUCGGGUGGUCCUCUUGGCUCUGCCUCCUGGUCGCUCCUUCACUGCCCCCACUCGCCCUCCCACUCCACCCAUGUCUCCCAACCCCACAUCUCCCACCCACACACCUCUUUCCCCGCCGCACAUCUCUCCUCUCAACAACCGCUGUCAUCAAUCUCACGCCCCUCCACUGACCUUUCCGCCGCUCCCUUCGCCUCUCAGUCCACCGCUUCAACCGCUUCCUCCUCCAACUGCUCUCACCUCGCCCUCCUCUUCUCAUCGCUGCCCUACACUACUCUCGCUGCUCCACCACAGCUGGAGCCAAUAAGAACUUGCCACGUGGCAGCUCUGUGUGGGCCCACGUCAGCCAGCUCUUCUGGCAGCCACACACGGACAGCAGACGGCAGGGAGGGGGGGUGGUCAAGGGUGGGGGAUGCGGAGCAUGGGAAAGGGCAUGUGGGAAGAGCGUGGGGUGAGGGAUGGAGGGGCGGUGAGGUGGGAGUGCAGGGCGGAUGGAAGGGCAGAGGUGGCGGGGUGGAGAGUGAGGCUCUCCGUGAGUCACGUGAGCAUGUGAGUGUGACGGCUGGGAGGGAAGGGACGGGAGGAGCUGAAGUGGCAUGCAGCGAUAGAGGGGGCAGUGCGAGGGAGGGGAGUGGAGGAGCGAGUGUGGGGAAUGGGGUGGAUGGUGCAGGGUGCAGUGCGGUGUCUGACAGCAUUGAAGAAGUUGUGAAUGUGAUUGCAGGGCGGGUGGCACAGGGAGGGCGAGUGGUGGUGCCGUGCUCCCCGUUGGGCCCCUCCCUGGACGUCCUGCUCGCCCUGCUCUCGCCCUCCCCAUCACCACCAGGCCCGCCAGCACAAUCAGCAGCAGCGCCAGCACCCCGUGUGGGAGAGGGCGUGCCGGUGGUGUACCUGUCGCCGGUGGCCAAGCAGGCGCUCUCCCUCGCCUGCAUCCUGCCUGAGUGGAUGCACCCCCGGGUGCAUGCUAGAGUGGGCCAGCCCAUCCACGCCAUCAGCAGCGCGCUCCUCUCCCACCCCUCCGCCAAACACAACACCAAACCAGCUUCCUCCCUUGCUGACGCACAUGGUGACGCCAGCAUGGGGGUGCGCAUGGUGGAGCUGCCAGGAGCUGUGGUGUUCCUGCCUCCAGCCUGCGCGCCCACCAUGCUGCACAGCGAGGACCGGACUUUUGGUGAGCGCCCUCUCCUCCCCCUCUGCCCUCUCCUCCCCCUCUGCCCUCUCCUCCCCCUCUGCCCUCUCCUCCCCCUCUGCCCUCUCCUCCCCCUCUGCCCUCUCCUCCCCCUCAGCCCUCUCCUCCCCCUCCGCCCUCUCCUCCCCCUCAGCACUCUCCUCCCCCUCAGCCUCUCCUCCCCCUCAGCCCUCUCCUCCCCCUCAUCCCUCUCCUCUCCCUCAUCCCUCUCCUCCCCCUCAUCCCUCUCCUCCCCCUCAUCCCUCUCCUCCCCCUCAUCCCUCUCCUCCCCCUCAUCCCUCUCCUCCCACUCCUCCCCCUCAUCCCUCUCCUCCCCCUCAUCCCUCUCCUCCCACUCCUCCCUCUCCUCCCAUUCCUCCCACUCCUCCCACUCCUCCCACUCCUCCCACUCCUCGCACUCCUCCCUCUCCUCCCUCUCCUCCUUCUCCUCCCUCUCCUCCCUCUCCUCCCUCUCCUCCCACUCCUCCCACUCCUCCCACUCCUCCCUCUCCUCCCACUCCUCCCACUCCUCCCACUCCUCCCACUCCUCCCACUCCUCCCUCUCGUCCCUCUCCUCCCUCUCCUCCCACUCCUCCCACUCCUCCCACUCCUCCCACUCCUCCCACAUCUCCCACUCCUCCCACUCCUCCCACUCCUCCCACAUCUCCCACUCCUCCCACUCCUCCCACUCCUCCCUCUCCUCCCUCUCCUCCUUCUCCUCCCUCUCCUCCCUCUCCUCCCUCUCCUCCCUCUCCUCCCUCUCCUCCCUCUCCUCCCACUCCUCCCCCUCAUCCCUCUCCUCCCCCUCAUCCCUCUCCUCCCACUCCUCCCACUCCUCCCACUCUUCCCUCUCCUCCCACUCCUCCCACUCCUCCCACUCCUCCCACUCCUCCCACUCCUCCCACUCCUCCCUCUCCUCCCUCUCCUCCCACUCCUCCCACUCAUCCCUCUCCUCCCACUCCUCCCUCUCCUCCCUCUCCUCCCACUCCUCCCUCUCCUCCCACUCCUCCCACUCCUCCCACUCAUCCCACUCCUCCCUCUCCUCCCUCUCCUCCCUCUUCUCCUUCUCCUCAGACUCCCACCAACGAGCUCUCCUCACCACCCACCCCACCAACCCUCCUUCUUCCCCUUCAUUGUUUUCACCUGGCGACCAUUCCAACCUUCCAGGAACCUUCUCCACGGCCCCCCUUCUUCCCUCGCAGACUCAUCCCGCAGACGUGCCAAUCACCAUCUCGCCCUUUCAGCCACUUGCCAUGCACGUCGCCACGUGCUGCCUGCUACCCUCUCACAGGCGGUCAGGCACACCACUGUCACGGGCCCUUGGUGCAGCUGCCACGGAGCACAUACCUCAGGGUACUACUGCGGCAGGAGGCACGCCCAUCGCAACGACUUGGGCACUCAAGGCUGUGCCUGCGGGGCAUGGGGGGCACGUGGAGGAUGGGGAGGGAGCAGGGGGGGAUGGCAGAGGAGGCAUGGCGGUGGGCGGUGAGCCCGGUGCCCCUCUCCUUUCUUUCCGCCAAUCUCCUUUCUCUGUGCCCCUCUCCCUCCUUCCUCGCCGCCCCUCCUCUUCCUCUCCGCCCCUCUUCUUCCUCUCCGCCCCUCUUCUUCCUCUCCGCCCCUCUUCUUCCUCUCCGCCCCUCUCCUUACUCACCACCCCUCUCCUUACUCACCACCCCUCUCCAUACUCACCACCCCUCUCCUUACUCGCCACCGCCCCUCUCCUUUCUCUCCCCCCCUCUCAUUUCUCUUCCCCCUUCUCCUUCUCCCUCCCCACCACCCCUCUCUACAGGUCCCAGAGGCCCUCCACGCCCACCUCGCAGCAGGCCUCCCGGCAGCCAUCGCUGUGCACCUUCUCAGCACCGCCAGCUGCCACCAUCCCCAUUAAGCACCAUGCGCUCAUCACGCUCACUGCCAUCGGUCUUGGAACCCACUGGGGCGAUCCCUGGCACAUAUGCAGUGCUGUCUCCAUUGGCUAG